AUGCUAAUAGCUACCUUUCUGUUCUCCGCUCACAUCGCCCAUCGAUCUUACAUACCAAAAGGUUCAACCUUCCCAAACCGGAAUUUUUUACAUGCGGCUACUGCUGGCGGUGUCGUCGAUAACACGAUUCCCAAGCUCGGUUAUCCAUUAAAGACAAUCUUCGAAGCACUGGACGAUACCAAUGUUAGUUACGGGAUUUACUCGGCUUCCCCCAUGCCAUCAACGUUGUUAUUUCGUUAUUUCCGCUCGCCAUUCAGAAGCCCUGGGAAAGGUAUGGAUGAGUUUUACCAGGCUUGCAAAAGUGGUACUCUGCCAUCCUAUGUGUUCCUUGAGCCUGCCAUGUAUGGUAUAGAUGAGCGGCUACGCAACGACCAGCAUCCGCAUGCAGGCGCGUUCUACGAUAUACGACGAGGCGAACGGUUUUACAAAGAAGUUUAUGAAGCGUUGCGAGCAAGUCCCCAAUGGAACGAUAUGCUAUUUUUACUUGUUUGGGAUGAACAUGGCGGAUUUUAUGAUCAUGUACCACCACCCAAUAACGUGCCGAAUCCUGAUGGAAUCACGCAUCCCACAUUUGACUUUACGCGUCUUGGUAUACGUGUUCCUGCCGUUUUUAUAUCACCCAGGAUUCCUCGUGGCAUGCUAGCACCAAAAUCCGAUGUAUUUGAACAUUCGUCCGUCUCAAGUACCAUCCAUGAGCUGUUCAGAACGCCCUAUUUGACAAAGCGUGAUGCUGUUUCAAAGCCAUUUCACGCCUAUGCCAACUUGACCGAGCCGCGCACCGACUGUGUGGUCACUUUACCGGAACCAGCUUACUACAUGUCGUGA